CACUAGUCAGUGCUACAAAAAUAUUUUUGACAGCUGAUUCUGUUGCACGUGUUUUACUCGAAAUUCUCGUUAAUAAUUGUUAAUAAUGGUUUAUUAUUUUACUAGCGAAGUUGUGCAACCAUCCAUCACUUUGUUUAUGGGAAUAGACAAAUUCGAGAAUGAAGAUCUUAUUAAAUGGGGUUGGCCUGAGGAUGUGUGGUUUCAUGUUGACAAAUAUUCGUCUGCCCACGUGUAUCUUCGACUUCGACAUGGUCAGACAAUAGACGAUAUUCCUAGUACUGUAUUAGAAGAUGCCGCACAAUUAGUAAAAGCAAAUAGUAUCGAAGGGAAUAAAAUGAAUGAUGUCGAUGUUGUAUACACAAUGUGGUCAAAUUUGAAAAAGACACAAGGUAUGGAAGUUGGACAAGUUGGCUUUCACAAGGAUAAAGACGUUCGUAAAAUUCAUGUUGCUAAGCGAGUAAAUACUAUCGUGAAUCGUCUUAAUAAGACGAAACGUUCAGAGCAAGUAAACUUUAGGAAUGAGAGAGAACAAAGAGAUAAGAACGAACGGGAAGACAAGAAGAAGCUUUUGAGAGAACAGAAAGAGAAAGAAAAGGCAGAAGAAAAGCGACGCCAGGAAGAAGCAGAGAUGAGGAGUUACAAUUCCCUGUUUAAUACAUCUAACAUGACUUCAAACACAGAAACGAGUGGAUAUGACUCAGAUGAUUUCAUGUGAUAAAGUUAACACUUAUCUUUGCUGUGCCUCACUCUCUUAUCAUUUCCAGUAAAAGGAGAAAAUUCCAGAAU